AUGGACGUUGAGCGCGAGCUGCGGGAGACGGCGCGUGAUAGUCGUGGAGGCCAAGUCAAGAAGAUUCGUUCGGCCGUGGUCGCGCUGCUUCUGCUUCGCCACACGAACCACCGGUCCCUGUCGGCAGGGUUCACAUACCUACCCGUGCAAACGAUCGUCUACAUUCGGGUAGACGAAAUGAACUCGGCCAUCUCGAACCGCGUACUCGCGGAUGUGCUGCCUCCGGGCCCAGUGCUGGCUGAUUGGCACUCGAGCCAUGACAAGUAUCCUCACAGCUGCGGGAAGUGCUACAACGAUUGUCUGAACAGGCUGACGACCCUGUGCGACAGCGAAGACGUCCUAGAUUUCAACCGAGCCUUGAAACCAUCGUUCCGAGGCACGAAGCUGAGGAAGAUCGCGGAGACCGUGGACGCGGAGACGUACAUCGUCAUCACGGGCCACAAGACGCAGACGCCCGUGGACACGGUGGUGCAGCUGUACGCCAUCGACACGCACACCGCCUCCAGGAUAUACUGCAACCUCUUCACCUGCAAAAAACUUAGCGACCUUCACACGGGCACCAACAAUAAGUGCUUUGGAUUCCGGAUACUGCGGAGAAUCGUCUUCGUAAAAGACACGCUUCCGGAAAACUUUGCCAAAGCUUACGAAGAAUUCCACCGGUCCAAUUCCUGCCGUUAUCAUCCGCCUCCUGACUCGCGCCCCAAGGUACAGCGGUACAUGCUGGUGGAGAGCGACUACAGCGGCCACAGCAUACUUCGCUCCAAGAUCAUGCCAUCGCAGGCGAUCAGCAUCAUCGGCCAGGUCGCCUGUUCCCUGGCGGUUGCCGAGCGGGAGUUGCAGUUCGAGCACCGAAACCUUCACGAGGGAAACAUCAUGGUGCUCCCGUCGUCGUUCAAGAACCAGCACUUUCUCAUCAACGGGCGCACUUGCUGCGUGAGAGGAUCGGGGCUGAAGAUCACCCUCUUCGAUGACAACUUCAGCCGGAUAACUUACGAUAACGAAGUUAUUAUGCGGAUGAAAGGCUACGACCGCGUGUACAAAGAGAAGACACCCAUAUAUAUCACAAUGGAGAAAAUAAUCAACGACCAAUGGGAAGCGUUCCACCCGGAGACGAACGCCCAAUGGCUGGCCUACCUGUGCGGCCACCUGAGCGAUUACCUGACCGUACCCAACCCGACAGCCGAGUGGCAGCAAAAGCUCGAUCUGCUAGCCCUCAUGCAGCGCGAUCUGCAACGAUUCCGCUCGGCCGACGAGUUUGUGUGGAACUACAUUAACAAAAUGGGACACGAAAACGCCGGCUGGUGCAACUUUGGCACAUUUCGAGACCUGAGUGACGACGACACCUCGUCUUGUGCGUGA